AUGAAAAUUGAGUGUACAGUUGAAUCAGUCCCUGCAGCUCCUUCAACUGCUAGUUUGGGUCGUGGUAUCCGAAGCUUACGCCAAGCGUCACAGGCAGUGGUGCAAACUGACAGCAAUAAGAUACAGCAAUCUAUAGAAUCCCUGAUGUGGCCUUAUUAUAUGUCCAAAGCAGACUGGCUAAGAAUGCUUCCUGCAGUUCACGUGUCGGGUAACGAGGAAGCGGUGUUGCUGCAAUCUAAACAGCCAUAUUUCUUUAUAGAAAGUCGUUCCACUAAUGAGCAACAGGCUGUAUUUAGAGAGGAUUGGUUCUGUAGAGACAUUGAGGAUCUUCAAAAGCGUUAUCAAGCUGGUGAACGUCGACAUGAGGGGUCAAUCACUCAAGUUCCAGAAUCUACUAGGUCGCUUUUAUGGCAGAUUGAGGUGUGGAAAAGUAGUUGUAUAACAUGCAAAAAGGAAAAACAAAAUACAAUAAUAAAUAAAGCCCAGUCAGAAGAUCCUUACAGCCCGUUUGGCCCAAUCGUGCAAUGGUCUGGUCCACCCAACUCUCAGCCCAUACGAAAACAGAUAUCUUCUGCACUUCGAGUUGGCCCUUCGGCAAAAUUCAGUAUCCAUGACCUCGCUCUCGAGCCCUUCACCUCCGUUGCCACCGGCAUUCAACCGGCGACCGGCGUCAGCGCCCGAAACUGUCCGUUCAAAGCCUUCUUCUUCUCCUUCUCCUACGGAGACAACGUCUGCAGGGAGAAAUCGGAGAACCGGCGUCGUAAAGGGAAGGAGAGAGAAGAACGAGAGAGGAGAGAAGAGGUGGCUCUGAAGAUAGCGUCGAAGAAGGCGAUAUCAGUGAUUCUACGGAGAGAGGCAACGAAGGCUGUGAUUGAGAAGAAGAGAGGUCCCAAUAAUUCCAAGAAGCUGCUUCCGAGGACGGUCCUCGAAGCUCUUCAUGAGCGCAUCACGGCUUUGCGUUGGGAGUCUGCUCUCAAGGUGUUUGAACUAUUACGUGAGCAGCUCUGGUACAGGCCCAACUCUGGUAUAUACAUCAAGCUAAUUGUAAUGCUAGGAAAAUGUAAGCAACCUGAAAAGGCCCAUGCCCUCUUUCUCGCUAUGAUUGAUGAAGGCUGUGUGGUUAACCAUGAAGCCUACACUGCUCUUUUAUCUGCCUACAGUAGGAGUGGGCUGUUUGACAAAGCAUUUUCUCUCCUCGAGAAGAUGAAGAACACCCCGGAUUGUCAGCCUGAUGUCCACACUUACUCGGUCCUCAUAAAAUCAUGCCUGCAGGUGGUUGCCUUUGACAAAGUGCCGGUUCUGCUUUCUGACAUGGCUAACCAGGGAAUCAAGCCCAACACUGUCACAUACAACACCCUCAUUGAUGCCUAUGGAAAAGCAAAAAGGUUUGCAGAGAUGGAAUCGACACUCUUGGAAAUGCUUCGAGAAGGGAAAUGUGAACCUGAUGUGUGGACCAUGAACUCCACGCUCAGGGCCUUUGGCAGCAGUGGGCAAAUAGAAACAAUGGAAAAGUGUUACGAGAAGUUUCAGAGUGCUGGAAUAGAACCCAACAUCAAGACCUUCAACAUACUCCUGGAUUCCUAUGGAAAGGCUGAGAAAUAUGAGAAAAUGAGUGCUGUGAUGGAAUACAUGCAAAAAUACCAUUUCUCAUGGACAAUUGUGACCUACAAUGUGGUAAUAGAUGCAUUUGGGAGAGCUGGGGAUUUGAAACAGAUGGAAUAUUUGUUUAGGCUGAUGCGAUCAGAGAGGAUAAAGCCAAGCUGUGUCACACUUUGCUCACUAGUCAGGGCUUAUGGACGAGCUGGAAAAGCUGAAAAAAUUGGGGGUGUUUUGCGUUUUAUCGAAAAUUCAGACGUGAUGCUUGAUAUUGUGUUUUUCAAUUGCCUGGUGGAUGCUUAUGGGAGGCUGGGUUGCUUUGCAGAGAUGAAAGGGGUUCUUGAGAUGAUGAAGAAGAAGGGUUGUAAGCCUGAUAAAAUUACAUAUAGAACCAUGAUUAAAGCUUAUAAAAUUGGUGGGAUGACAAGCUGUGCCAAGGAGCUUCAGGGUCUCAUGAGAAUGCCAGAUGAGACUCGGUUAGAGAUGGGGAAGCCUGACUUUCGAUGAGAACUGCUACCGGUCAUAUAAAAUCCUCAACUUUACUGUUAAGUAAUUUUUGCUAGUGAUUCUUGUGUCACCCAUAAGAAUGUAAAAUGAAAUGCAAUAAGCAAGUAAAAAUCCUGUUUUGUGAUUC